ACCAACUUCCGAGUGUGGGAAUAACAGGAUUUCAAGAUUCACCGCUUCUGGCAGCGUUUCUUGGGUUAUAUUUAGCAAUCUUAAAUUGCCUAUUUUUUUUUCCUUUUUCUUUUCUUUCUUUCUUUUUUUUUUUUAAAGAAAAGAACAGGAGGAAGAGACCGGGCCUAAAGGAAGUGAGUUUCCUGACAUGCGGCUCUUAAACAGUCGAACCACCCACCCUAAGGCCGGGAAUGGCCGUCCGCCCCGCACGCCCAGCGCGUGGUCCUCGCCAGCCGGAUGUUGACGGCGUCGCGUAGCAACGGGAGAUGGCGGAGCCUGGCGGCCGGGCUGGCGGGUCUCACCUGGAAGGCAAAUCUUCUGAAGGAGAAGAGGACCAGAAUCAUGAAGGCAACAGGGUAUCACCGAUAGAGAAGAGCAGUGACCAGAGAAAUGAAGAAACUGAGGGUGCUACAGAGCAUUCUGAAGGGGAAAUCAAAAACGAUGGGGAAGUCUCAGCGCAGGGGAAAGAUGAAGACGAUGAGGAAGUCGAAAUCCAAGGGGGAGUGGAAACAGAAGAGGAAUUCGAAUUUGAAGAGGAGUUAGAAUCUGAUAUUGAAGCCACGGCCCCUGAAGGGGAAGUCACUUCUCCAGAUCUGGCUUACUCAGACAUCAGUCCUGGGGAGGUGGCCAGAGAUGAAGUUGGCCCCACACACCGGCAUGAAAGAGCAAGGAGGAAGACAGGUCUUGAAGACGGAGAGGCCCCUGGCCCAUCCAAAUCUAGAGGAGUGGGGGUCAUCUCCACAGAGCCCUCCCAGCAAGUAUCAGGCUCAUCUGAGCAAACGGACCAGGAAUCGGGAGCGCUCCGGCAGAAGGUCUUUCCUCUGGGGGCUCAGCACUGCCUCGGACAGAGCCGGGGGAGCAGCAACACAUCCCUGGACUUUGACGAGCCGCCUCUGGUUACCGAGGGCCCCUCCACGCAGGAGCCAGAGCCUGAUGCCCACCCCGGGGAAGGAGCCACAUCCUCAUUCCUGGACAGGACCCAGCAGUUAAGCAUGGCCGAGGAAGGAAGCCUGGUGGAGAGUGUGGAGUCUGAGGCCAGCGACGAAGCCGAAGAAGACAGAUCCCAGCUGGUGGUUUUGGACCCAAACCAUCCCCUGAUGAUAAGAUUCCAGGCUGCCCUGAAGAACUAUCUUAACCGGCAAAUAGAGAAACUGAGGCUGGAACUUCAAGAGCUGGGCGUGGCCACCAAGCAAAGCCGAAUCCAGAGGCAGGAGCUGGGGGUGGACCUUUACGGGGUCCAGCAGCACCUGGCCCGCCUGCAGAUGCAGCUCGAGAAGAGCCACGACCGCCACUCGAUCACAGCGUGCGAGAGGCGGAGGAAGGAGGAGGAGCUGCAGAGCGUGCGCCUGCGCUACGCCAGGACCUGCGAGACCGCCGGCGAGGAGCGCAAGAAGCUGGCAGCUCUGCAAACUGAGGUGGAGACCCUGGCUCUGCAUCUCUUCUACAUGCAGAACAUAGACCAGGACGUGCGUGACGACAUCCGGUUGAUGAAGCGAGUCGUGAAGAAGUCGGAAGCCGAGCGCAUGCGGGCCGAGUUGGAGAAGCAGCAGCAGGACCUGCACGUGGACCAGCUGACCACCCGAGCCAACCAGCUGGAAGAACAGAUUGCCCUGUUCGAGGCCAAGUACCGCGCGCAGGCUGAGGACACCCGGACGCUCAGGAAGGCAGUGAGCGAGGCCUGCACGGAAAUAGAUGCCAUCAACGUGGAGAAAAAGCGCAUCCUGCAGCAGUGGGCCGCCAGCCUGCUGGGCAUGAAGCACCGCAACGAGGCUCACAAGACCAUCCAAGAGGCACUCAGCAUGCAGGAUCCUAGUUCCCCAACUAGGGAUCGCACCCAUGACCCCUGCAGUGGAAGGAUGGAACCCCAACCACUGGACUGCCAGGGAAGUCCCAGCGAAUGCCAGCAUCAAGUCAAGUCCAUGGAUGGCGAGCUCGAAACCUAUAAGAAAUCCAUCAUAAAGGAGGAAGAAAAGAAUGAGAAACUGGCCAGUAUCCUGAACCGGGCAGAGACGGAAACCAGCCUGAUGCAGAAACUGACUUCGCAGUGCCUGGCCAAGGAGGAGGCCCUGCAGAAUGAGUUCAACACCUACAGGCUCACCCUGCUGGACACGGAGGACGCACUGGGCAAGGCCCACAUGGAAUACACGGCAACCAUAGGCCAAUUGCAGACUCUCCACCAGACCAUCCAACAUGAGCUGGAGCUGGGGAGGAAGAUGGAUGCCUCCAUCGUGGAGAAGCUGCAGGAGCACGUGACCUCCAACAAGAUGACAAAGUACUUCCACCAGCUCAUCCUGAAGCUCCAGAAGGAAAAGACCAACCUGGUGACACAUCAUUCCAAAAUUGACGGUGACAUUGCUCAGACCACCCUGGACAUCACGAACACCAGCUGCAGGCUGGACAUGCAUCAGAAGACACUGGCUGAGCUGGACAAGGAAGUGAAAAAAGUCAACGACCUCAUCACAAACAGUGAAAAUGAAAUCUCCAGGCGCACAAUCCUGAUUGAGAGAAAGCAAGGCCUCAUCAACUUUUUGAACAAGCAGCUGGAGCAGAUGAUUUCUGAACUCGGGGGGGAAGAAGUGGGGCCCCUGGAGCUGGAGAUCAAGAGGCUGACCAAGCUGAUCGAGGAGCACAACGCCGGCGUGACGCAGGCCCAGGUGACCUGGCUCCGGCUGCAGCAGGAGAUGGUGGCGGCCACGCAGGGGCGCGAGGAACACCUGGCCUCCCUGGACAUGUCCAAGAAGGAGAUCCACAUCCUGGAGCAGAAGAAACUACGGAUAGAAAACAAGAUCGACCAGGAGAAGAAAGAGCAGAAGCAGAUCGAGCGGCACAUGAAGGACCUGGACAAUGACCUGAAGAAGCUCAACGUGCUGAUGAACCAGAACCGAUGCAGCUCCGAGGAGCUGCAGCAGGGCAACCUGGCCACGGAGGGCGAGUUCGUGCGUGCGCUCAAGGCCUCGGAGCGAGAGACCAUCGAAAUGCAGGAGAAGCUGAACGAGCUCAGGGAGGAGAAGGCGGCCGUGCUCAACAGCCUGGUGGAGGCGGAACACCAGAUCAUGCUUUGGGACAAAAAAAUCCAACUGGCAAAAGAGAUGCGCGCCUCAGUGGAUUCCGAGACGGGCCAGGCAGAGAUCCGGGCCAUGAAGGCCGAGAUCCACAGGAUGAAGGUCAAGCACAGCCAACUGCUGAAGCAGCAGGAGAAGAUGAUCCAGGACAUGGAGCUGGCUGUCGCACGCAGAGAGACCAUCUCCACUCGGGCCGAGGGGCAGUGCAAGAUGGACAAGAAGCUGCUCACCCGCACAGACUUCCACCGCAAGCAGACCGAGCUGAGACGGAAGAUCAGGGACAUUCACAAGGCCACCGAGGAGUGCACCCAAACCAUCCUAGAACUGGAAGAAACUCAAAAAUCCGUGAGCGACUCCCUCCUGGAGAAACAGGAGCAGCUGUCAAGGAUGCAGGCCAGGGCUGACGAGCUCGAAGCUGACCUGUACCAGCUGGCAGCCCUCAAGCGGCAGAACCUUUCCACGCUCGUGGCCCUGCAGUCACGCCUCAAGCACCUGCAGGCCGUGAAGGACGGGCGCUACAUCUUCCUGCUCCGCAAUAAGCAGUCACUGCUGGCAGAGCUCAAGCGGCUGGACGACCGCCUGGCCAGCAUCAGCACCAUCCUCCACCACGUGAAGGACAAGUACCCCCAGUUCCAGGAGGCCCUGAUCAAGGUCAGCCGGUCCAUCAGCAACAGGCUGGAGUCAUCCGGGCCCUAGAGCGCCCACCCCAAGGAGGAGAUCAGUUUUGUGUAUCAUCAGGGGCUUCAAAUCUUUCUACCCUCAGAGACACCAGUUAAGAGAAACAGACAGGCCAGCAUUGUAGGAAUGUUUUUUUUUUAGCCACCCAGCAGUUUAAACCAAGUCAAAUGUCAGCGUUUCCAGUUGCAUUCGGUGAGUCUUCCGCUUGCAAAGGCAGUGCCAGUGAACACGAACCCAUAUUUCCACAUUGGGCUUACUCCUCCAAGUAAAAUUGGAAACCCAGGUCUCUGCUCCUGCCCCCACUCCCAGCUUGGGUUAAAUCCAGAUUCCCAGCUUACACGAGCAAGUCCAGGGGGACCCUGGCUGCAUCUGGAAGCCUAAUGCCUGAGAUAAGACCACACAGGUGCAUGAACACAGACCUCCUUGUCUGCCCACUUGUCCUGCCCUCUCCUCCAGCCAGGGCUCCUCCCCCCACACUCUGAUUCCUGAGCCCCUGCUACCUAUGCCUUCUCUGCAGUUUAAAGGGAAAGU